AUGCACCAGUGGACGAUUUCGCCCGUGCCGGAGUAUCUGUACUCCAACUCCGCCACAAAUCAUUCGAAUGAGAUCCAGCAGCGCACGGCAAACGACGUUCAGUCAUGGCGACCGCCCCAGACGGCGUCGAUGAGUUCGCUGCAGCGUCAGCCGUUGCAACAGGUGUUUCAGCAGCAGGCCCAACAGCAGCAACAACAGCAGCAAGAGCAGUCUUCACAUGCGAGUCUGUUCGCUAACCAUACCGCCUGGUACAGUCAGUCUCCUUAUGCUGCGCCUGCUCAGCAGCCGGACAUGACGCGCCGCGAUCAGCCGGCCGUCGACUACCGGUAUCAACAGCCGCAGCAAGCUGCCCAGCCACAUCCCCAACAGCCGGCCCAGCAGCAACAACAACAGCAACCAGCUCAGCAACAACAGCAGCAGGGUCAGCCGCAACAGCAGGCGCAUCCCCAGCACCAUGCUGUGCCGCAGGUCCAGCAGACUAUGGCUCGUGCCCAGCAGCAGCAAUCUGCUCCGACCCAGCAGCCGGCUCCGGCCCCGGCUCCCGCCACGACCGGCAGGCGGAAGCGCCCCGCUCCUGGCUCGCAUCCUCCGGCCCAUCCUGCGCAGCAUGCGCCGCAGCACCCACCGCCGCAUGCCCAGCAUCCGCAGGCCGCUCACGUAGCUCAGCAUGGUGCUCCGCAUCCCGGCCAGCACGUUGCUCAUCAUGCUCAGCAGCACCCGGGUCAGCACCCCGCUCAGCACAUGCAGGGCCCCGCGCCGGGUCAGCACCAACAACAGGCCCCACAGCAGCCUCAGCAGCCCGGUCAGCAGGCGCCGACCGUGUCUCCCCAGAUUGCUCAGUCGGGUGUUCCGCAGAAGGGGCAGCCCCAGGUGCAGCCGCAACCCCAACAACAGCAGCAGGUCCAGCAGAACCAGCACAUCCAGCACCAGUUCCAGCCCGCUCCGCAGGCGGUUCAGCAGCCAGCUGCGCAGCAGCAGCCCGUUGGCGCCCCGGCUGGCACCCAGCCUGCUACCGCGCAGGCCCAGCCCGCUCAGGAAAAGCCGGAUCCAGCGACUGCCCCACCGCCGCCCAAGAAGACGCGCACCAACACGCCUUGGACGCCAGCCGAGGAGCUCAAACUUAAGCAGAUGCGUGACGCCGGCCAGAGUUGGGCCGAGAUCGCCAAAAGCUUUCCUACGCGUACCGAAGGUAGCGUCAAGAAACACUGGUACAAGGACAUGCACUACGCCGAGUUCGCCGAGGACGAGCGCACUGCGCUGCUCAACGCCAUCAAGGAGUACGAGAACAACAAGUGGAAGGUCAUUGGCCAAAAGAUUGGCAAGCCCGCCAAGGCUUGCGAGCAAACUGUUCCCUCCUAA